UCCACCUCUAUCGCUCUCUCCUUUUCUGUCUUCUCCACCUCUCUAUCGCUCUCUCCUUUUCUGUCUUCUCCACCUCUCUAUCGCUCUCUCCUUUUCUCUGUCUUCUCCCUCUCUCGCUCUCGCUCCUUUUCUCUGUCUUCUCCACCUCUCUCUCUCUCCUUUUCUCUGUCUUCUCCACCUCUCUCUCUCUCCUUUUCUCUGUCUUCUCCACCUCUCUCUCUCUCCUUUUCUCUGUCUUCUCCACCUCUCUCUCGCUCUCGCUCCUUUUCUCUGUCUUCUCCACCUUUCUAUCGCUCUCUCCUUUUCUCUGUCUUCUCCACCUCUCUCUCGCUCCUUUUCUCUGUCUUCUCCACCUCUCUCUCGCUCUGGCUCCUUUUCUCUGUCUUCUCCACCUUUCUAUCGCUCUCUCCUUUUCUCUGUCUUAUCCGCCUCUCUCUAGCUCUCGCUCCUUUUCUCUGUCUUCUCCACCUCUCUCUCUCUGUCACCAUCUUGUCAUUCUCAGGCUGUUUUCUGCAAGUCGUCUCUUCUCUUUACAUCUGUCCGUCUGUCUGUGCGGAAUGGGAAAUGCCUCUUAUAUCCAGGGGAAUUGCCCCUUUAGAAGGCAAGAUGCUGUGUCCGUUCAUGUCGGCUAGGCGUCCGCUCACGACACUGCAGAGGAAAUCAUUGGUUAGUGAGAAAAUGACUCUGGGCGGAACUGAAGGGAAGGAAAGAAUUCGCAAAGUUUUGAAUGUCAACAUUGACUCUUUCAAUGAUUCUCAUCUGUCUCCCCUCCGCCACCAGGUGCUGCUGGUCUGCUCCAUGGCCUCCAUGGAGGGCAUCCACGUGUGGAGCUACGUGGGCUGGCAGAACCCGGCCAUCGUGGGCCUCUUCCUGCUGUGCGUGCUCAUCGGCUGCGCCAUGAACUUCACCACGCUUCACUGCACCUACAUCAACUCGGCCAUCACCACCAGCUUCGUGGGCGUGGUGAAGAGCAUCGCCACCAUCACCGUGGGCAUGCUGGCCUUCAGCGACGUGCAGCCCACCCAGCUGUUCGUGGCCGGCGUGGUGGUCAACACGCUGGGCUCCGUCAUCUACUGCUGCGUCAAGUACGCCGAGACGCGCCACAAGAGCGCCUACGAGGACCUGGAGGAGACCCAGGAGGCCGGCUCGCCCACCGGCCCGCCCUACCAGGAGAAGGGUCUGUCCAACGGCGGCGGGCCCCCCGCCGACGUGACCGCCUCGGGCACCCCGCCCGGGGUCGGAGGGGCCGCCGCCGGGGUCGGGGCCGAGCCGGCGGAGAACGGGGGAGUGGGGGUGGACGGGGAAGGGUUGUCGUGGGAGACGGAGAAAGGAGGCGACGGCGGCGGCGGCGGCGACAGCGGCGGUGUGGCCCUCCCGGAGAUGACGGAGGCUGAGCUCACGGAGAUGCAGCGGGAACACCUCCAGAAGGAGCGCCCCGUCUCCUCCUCCGCGCCGGGGCAGAGCCUGGGAGACAGCUGUGCCGGGGUGAUGAGGUCGGUGAAACAGAUGCAGUUCCUGAAGAAGGAGCCGGGGCUGAUCGACAACAUGGAGCAGCAGAGUCCGUGACACCUCCAGAGAGGGGACGGGAAGGGAAGGAGGAUGGGACUAGGGGGGCGGUGGGAGCAGAACUGUUCUGGAGCAUGAAGGUGGGAUCAGAGACCCCCCGAUCAGACAUGGAAGGAGAGGGCGAGAGAGAGACCCACAGAGGCUAACGUCUCAAUCAACUCAAAUCAGCAAGCUAGCUAGCUAGCUUGCCACAAUGCAAAAUGGUUUCCAGUGGUCGUGAUGUUGAAAAGAUAAGCUUGCUGGGCGUGGUGGACAUGUUUUCAACAUUCGGUGCCCCUAGGGACUUCAAGCAUGCAAUGGCACGUACAACAAUACAAAAAACAAACAAGACAUUAUUCUGGAAACGUGUUUGCACGGGAAAAGUGAAAAAUAGCAAAAGGAAAUAAGAGGAUUCUAAUUUUAAGCUCUAUCUGAACCAUAACUUGUGUCUUGCCUCCAUCAUCAGUCUAUGAAAUGAUAUGGUUUGGGUGCUAUUGUUUAGCCUUUCGUCGUUUCAGUUAGCCUUAAACACUUUCCUUUAAAGCAGAGGGAACAAAGAAUUCAGCUAAAUACUUAUUUUUCAUAGGUUUUCCAUUUGGAUUAUUUUUCCAAUGUCUUAAAAUAAAAAAAAUAAUUUUUGCACAUUUGAUUGAUUUCAUGUAUUAGGUCACAAAUGGUGAGAUUCAGGGACCAGCCUCUAUGGUUAUAUGUUUGUAGGUCAACCUGGACAUCGAUAUGUUCAGGGAUUGAAGUUUGAAGUUUAAAUUGUCAUCAUUAAUAUAACAUAGUACUUUAUUGAUCCCAGAAAGGGAUUUUCAGGAAUUGAGAUUAGAGAUUAUUAUGUUUUGGUUAAGGAUUUUCCUGGUCGUCUGGUGAUGAAGUUGUUAAAAAUGGCCAAUAUAUUGCCUUUAUUUCGCACAGAAAUAGUAAAAAUGUCAAAAUAUGUUUACAAACCCAGUUCUCCCACGGGAACUGUUCGAUAGCAACUUUCCGAUGGCAACUCUAUGAUGGUAAGAACUAACCAAAAACAUCAUGCUUACGUUGAAAAAACAUCAUUCAUUUUUCUCUGCGGUUCUACUUUAUUCUUAUUCAUUAUUUUACAAUUCCAUGGAAAUUAUUUUUUUUACUAGGUAAAAGCACUUCAAUGCCUGGCUUACUCAGGCUAGCAUGUGCUAACCUCCCACAACGGCAGAGAGCUUGGAAAUUGGAUAUGAAACCAUUUGAAAUUUCAAUUUCCGGAGCUGCAGGUGCCGUGGGCUGAAUUCUAUGAAACAUCUGUUUGUUUAAUGUGAUGUACCCACCUACUAAUCCCAAUAACACAGAUUAUUAAACUCCCAAUCAACCCUCAGUCAUUAUGGUUUCGGUGUGUGUGUGUGUGUGUGUGUGUGUGUGUGUGUGUGUGUGUGUGUGUGUGUGUGUGUGUGUGUGUGUGUGUGUGUGUGUGCAAACUGAAAAAAACUGUUCAAUUGGUUCUAGGGAAUUAACAGAAGCUGCCAAAACAAUGAUUGCAUAUUUGUGGUAUUCUAAAUCCCCCAAUCUGUACCAUCUUUAUACCACAGUUAUGAUUCAUAUUCAAUAAACAUGGAGUGUUGCUGGAUUUCCAAAUAA